AUGGGGAAACAACAUGAGGCUGAUGUAGAGCCAAACUCAGAGAUAGGAUUUGUGGUUGAACUUGCAGAGGAGAGUCAGUUUCAGCCAUAUAUGGAAUUGGUGGCAGCACAUAGGGCACUUGAUGUUGGCCUGGAACAGCAUAAAGUUGAGGCAUGUAGUAGUAACCCAUAUCGCUUUGGUAGUACAUAUGAUAUUGUGGUGGUGGGUCAAGUGAUUCCUCAAGCGCAAUGGUACCCACCACCACAAUAUCAGAUGUAUUACCAAAACGAUAUGGGAUACUACUACAUGCCUCAACCUUAUGAUGUUCCAAGCCAACAUCAAGUGCCCUGUGUGCUGCCACCAAUUCCAUAUAUGGCUGAAACUCACUCUCCUCCGCAAGUUCAACCACAACUCCUAUCUCUGAGUUUGGCUCUACAUCAGCCUCAUGUUGUUUCCCCAUCAGCUUCGCUACCCCAAGCUAACCCAUUAAGUCUGCCACACAAUACUAUUGGUGAGGGUCCGUCACACUCACGCCAGCCAUAUCCAUUAUGGUGCUUAGAGCCAAUUUAUCCUCAAGCUAACCAGGCAAGAUCUCCUCCAAACAACAUGCAUGUGUCUCAUCAAGUUGGAACUCAACCUCCUCAGGUGCAACGUCAUCUCCCUCCACCGUCUCCGCAUGUUCCCCCACCUCUAUCUCUUCCUACGAUGCAAACAUUUAAGCUGAAUCAGCCUACUACUCAAAAUCAUGGAUUUCGACCACAACUGAACUAUCAUUCUGCUACUGCGUUUCCGGGGGGCUGGGGUCAGGCUGCACCGUGCUUUCCAGCUCUGAAACUGAGUGGCAUGGAGGGUUCUAAAAACCAGGUACCUCAAAAUCAAACAAGUGAUGAGGCAACCAACGGUGUGAAUGAUGUGAAGCAUGAUGUUGAAAUACCUACACCUAAGUCUAAGCAUGAGCUUAAAGGCAAGCACGUGAUGGAAGAGGGAGUUAGUUUUGAGAGCAAGACUGUGGUCUUGGAAUUGUGGGAUUCACCUAUCAUGGAUUUUCCAGAGAUGGUGGAUCAUCUUCACUUAAGAGAGCAUGUGGGUGAUUCUCCAUGUAUCAACCCAAAGCAAAAUGAAGAAAGUGGAUCCGGAGGUUUAGGAUAG